CACUGCCAGAAACAGUUAUCUGAAGAUUCCGCGAGCGUUUUUGAAUAUGGAAUUAGUGUACCACGAACUUUUGAAGAAAUAGUGAACAUGAUGAAGAUCUUCGAAAUUAUAUCAAUUAUUGUAGUUUUUAUAAUAUGUUCUACAGUUGAAGCCUACACUGUGUAUCCAAGUGGAUUAGACGUACCAGUUAGCAUAGCAGGGAAUAUUCCAGUAGUUUCAAACCCUAUAGAUCUAUUUCGAGACGGACUUAAAAGGAGAUGUCCCGUAUGCGACCCUUCAGUUUACAGUUACUGCACAGACAAACUACUCCAUGAUUCUUGUUGCUGUUAUAAUUCGAAUAAUCCCUAUGAUCAACUGCCAUACCAAUGCAAAUACGCCGACUGCAGUUUUCUUCACGCGAACACUUGCCAAGAGCAUAAAUUGAUCACAGCUUGUUGUUGUACCAGUUUGUACUUAUACAAGAAAUAAAACUUCUAAUGUUUAUAAAAUAGGUUUUAUUUAUUUUUAAUAGUUAAUAAAUAUUUAUAUUGCUAAA